UAAUGGGGAGAGAGGGAGAGAGAGAGAGGGAAGGGGCGCGAGCUAGUUUUAACUAUUAGAGAGAUAGAUCAGCGUCCGUCCCGCCUUCAACUCCUGUCAGCCUUCCAGAGCGCGCACCCACCGGUGACCAGACAGAGCGCGCGAGGCUGGAGGUCGGGACGUCGAUCGCUGUUUAUGUGUGUGUGCCAACACGGGAUAACGGCGGCGUACAAGACAGACAGACAUUAGAUCACCGGAGACGUUGUGUUGCCGCGGUGGAUGCGGAUGAUGAAGGGAAAAGAGCCGGAGAGGAGAAGACAGAGAGAAGAAGUUUAAACUUUGACGGGACCCAGCUGAAGCCCUCCAUCCGUCCACACUCUUAUGGGAAACUUUAACGGGCUGAAAACAUCAUCUCACACCGGAUGUUGACGGGACUCAUGAACCGGCCUGCGGUGACAAGUUUUUAUUUCCACAUGAACACCAUACAGUCCCGUUAAACCGGUUUGGUGUGAAUCUUUUUUUUUUAUUAGGCUAUUUCUAAUCGCUCCUGCUUUUUAAUCCGGAUUCUUAAUAUAUGGGACAGGGAGAGUAAAGUGAUGAACCGGGACAGAGCGGUGCCGGGGCCCGGAGCGGACGGGGUCCAGACCGUGAUAAGCCGGGACAGAGCCGUAGCAGGGCCCGUUGCGGACGCGGUCCAGCCCGUGAUGAGUCGGGACAGAGCGGUACCGGCGCCCGGCGGUGACGGGGUCCAGACCGUGGUGGGCCCGGACAGCGGAGACAUGCUGGACGGAGGUGCUCCAGGGGAGAAGCGGCUCUUCUCCAACGCGGUGUCCGGGGGUAGAGAUGCUCAGGCCGUGGAGAACCACUCGGAACCCCCGCCGACGAACCCGGUGUUAGCCCCGCAACAGCAGGGCCCUACCGGGCACCGGACCACCUCUUUCUCCGUACUGGACAUCCUGGACCCAAACAAGUUCACGAGCAGCCGGCGACUCCAGCAGCAGCAGCAGCACGCGAGCCACCGAGGUGAGCGCGAGCUGAGCGCGUACGGAGCAGAGAACCGGAGAGGAAGCACGGGGGAGCGCGAGCCCAGCCUGGAGCCCAGCAAAGGCUGCUACGGUGCGGAGGAAUACCAGAGCAAGGAAGGCUUUGUAUACAGAAGCCAGGAUGAGGAUGACUACCACAGAUCCGGGACCCCAGAUUCAGAGGCUCCAGACGGGCCCUACAGCAGUGAGGAGAGCAGCUCAGCUCUGCCUAGCAACGGGGACAGAGAUCUGGGUCAACACAGCCACCAGGACCCUGGCAGAGACACCAAGAGCCCUGUAGGAGGCACUCCAGACCAGAUCACCAAUGUCCCGACCAACGGGGGCCAGGGCCCACAGGGCAAACCCAAGAGGAAGCGCUCUGGCUCGGACUCCAAGUCGGGGAAGCCCCGUAGAGCCCGGACUGCCUUCACCUACGAGCAGCUGGUGGCGCUGGAGAACAAAUUCAAGUCCACACGUUACCUGUCAGUAUGUGAGCGGCUCAACCUGGCCCUGUCGCUCUCCCUCACUGAGACCCAGGUCAAGAUCUGGUUCCAAAACCGUCGGACCAAGUGGAAGAAACAGAACCCAGGAGCCGACACCUCCGCCCCCACCGGCACAGGAGGAACAGGAGGUGCAGGAGGAGCAGGGGGAGGAGGAGGCCUGGGGAGCCUCAGCCCUCUCAGCCCAUCCCCUCCGAUCAGCGGGCACCUGGCCAUGCACGCUGGCUACGCCAGCCAUCAUCACCCCCCCACUGGCAGCCUGGUCCAGCUGCCUUUCCUCACCGCCAGCCACGUCCUGUCCCCCUUCAUGCUGGGGACGCAGAGCUACGCUGCACCUGCCUUCUACAGCACACACCUGUAGAAACACUCACACACAGCAGACGGACUGAUCCUCAGAGACACACUCUGAGCCCAGGGAGACUGAAAUGUUUCAGCAGACAGACUGUCAGUGUUCAGCUCUGCUCUCCUUUUUACUACCAACAUUUGAAGGCUUUAAUUUCAACGGAUUAUUUUGAUAGAAUGUGAAUAUCUACCAGAAACUGUACAUAAAUCUAUGUUCUAGCUCCCUAUUCCGAAUGCUGUUUUAAACUGCGUAAUAGACAAAUAGUUGGUUUCUUUGUUUAAAAAAAAAGUCUGUAUGAAUAUUGAAUGUUUAUUUAUGACUUAAGGAAUGGCUUGAUCUAUUGUCAGUACCGUGUAACUCCAGCUGUGAUUGUUUUCAUUUCUGUUAUUUGUUGAAUUUGAUGACAGUUUCCAUAAAACCCUUGGAUGUACUGAAUCCUCAGCUCAACAUGAUAUCGUCCUUUGAUAUUAAAAUAAUGACAAUUAAACUCUGAAAAACUA